AUGGCUCCUUCUCAAUCGCUCCCAUUAGAAGUAGUAGAAUUAAUAAUUCAUUUUCUUUAUGUCAACUCUACGUCAACCGCUAAGGAAUCAUUAAAUAGCGCAGAUCAAACUUUCCUUGACCAGUCAUCUAUCAAACAAUUACUUAGUCUACGUUUGCUCGGUGAGCCUUGGGCAGCAGCUGUUCCAAAAUUUGUAGAAAGCUCUUUAUAUUUAACUAAACCGUUAUGUGAUAACAACAAAGCUUACUGGGAGGCCGUUUUAAACUCAGCUGGUGGACCUCAUUUAAAAGAAGCCAUCAAUUUGAAAACCUUCAUUCUCAUAACGGGCGAUGGUGACCCAAUUAAGGACCCUGAGGUAGCCAAGGUGUUCGAAGCUCAUGGUAUAAGUUGCCAUUUUAGAUCAGAAAUAAGCCACACUGACAUAUUGGCUUUUAUGAAGAACUAG